CAAUGGCAAAGAUACCCAUACGUGAUAGAGCUUAUCAAAAUCACCCAUCAGCAAAACAGUUGACAAUUGAAAGGGCGUGCUAUCUAUAAUGGAACACAAGUUCUUGCAGAGAUGAUCAUUUUUGUUCCUAUAUCAAGACAACAUCCAGCGGCUCCCCACCAUCGAUCUCUUUCGUUCCCCAUCUUCCUUCUUCAGCCCUUUGGACAUACGAACACAAAAAUCUUGGAAAGGACAAACAACAAAUGAAGCUCUCCGUCUUCAAGUCGCUGUCAUUAUUGGCAGCAUGUGGGUGUUUUCUACCAACUUUUGUGGUGGGGCAUCAGCAUGAUGAAAUGCCACAGCAACAUUUGAAUGUAGAGAAAUUGAGACUUGGAAAGGUCGAUGGAAGUGUGAGUAAGGAAGAAAAGCAAGAAUUGGAGAGACUUUGGGGGUUUGAGUGGUCUUUCUCAGGAAUAUCGACAUUUGCCCAUCUUGAAUACAAGAAAUGCCUCACUACUCCCGAGGAACUUUUCGAUAUAGGGAUCCUGGGUGUUCCAUUCGACACGGCAGUCAGCUAUCGGCCGGGGGCCAGAUUUGGACCCAAAGCUAUUCGAGCCGCUAGUGCUAGACAAACUAGCUUUAGAGGAUUCAAUACCAGAGCUGGAAUAAACCCCUACACAUCGUUUGCUCGCAUUCUUGAUUGCGGGGAUAUCCCCGUGACUCCCUUGGAUAAUGCCGUGGCAUUAGAACAAAUGACGGCAGCUUACACCGAACUACUCAACCGGAAGCCCCUCUCCUCAUCACUCACCCGCCCAAAAAUCAUUUCUCUGGGAGGUGACCAUAGUCUAGCACUAGCAGCACUUCGGGCUCUCCGUAUGGUCUACAAUCAGCCAAUCGCCGUCCUCCACUUCGAUGCUCAUCUCGAUACAUGGCAUCCAGCCAAAUACCCAGAUCCAUGGACGAGUAUGCAAGCGCAAUUCAACCAUGGGAGCAUGUUCUGGCUCGCUUCAAAUGAAGGAUUAAUCAUGAACGGUAGUAGUGUACAUGCAGGGUUAAGAACACGAUUAAGUGGUGAUGAUUUCGCGGAUUAUGAGGAUGAUGAUAGACAAGGCUUUUUGAGAAUCUCCGCGGAUGAUAUUGAUGAUCUUAGACCUCAAGGCGUGGUAAAGAAGAUUAUGGAGAGAAUUGGAACGGAAGUUCCGGUUUAUCUUAGUAUUGACAUUGACGUUUUGGAUCCCGGUGUAGCACCAGGAACAGGCACGCCUGAACCUGGUGGGUGGACGAUGAGGGAGUUGAUUAGAAUACUAAGGGGGAUAGAGGGAUUGAAUAUUGUGGGCGCGGAUGUCGUGGAGGUUAGUCCAAGCUAUGAUGGGACUGGGGAAGAAACGGCACUCAGUGGUGCGCAGGUGGUUUUCGAAAUGUUGACGAGUGUUGUCAAGAGAGGUUUGAGGGAUAUGGGAAAGGUCACAGAAGUUAAAGAGAGUAGGAAGGAGGAGCUGUAAAAGCAGCGGCUUACAGGUCGAAGGUAAAGCGUGGGUGCGGAGGACAAGCGGAGGAGAUCAGAUUUUCUGGUGACUCACGUUUUCAGACACUGAGAAGAAUGUCGAAAAUGUAAGCGUGCUUCGCAAAACAGAAUGCUGUGGUGGGAUGAAUAAGAAACAGGGUGACGCGAACUGGGCGAGUCUAGAUUUGAUCAAUGCAAAGUUGAUGCUAU